AUGAUCAUACGUGUGACGUGCGAGUCGGAGGGGGGCGCGCAGUGCCCGCAAUGGGCGCUCGUGGAGCUGCAGGGCGAGCUGCGCGCCGACCUGCCCGCGCUCGCCUCCGCGCUGCCCGCCUCCGCGCUGCGAGGCGACGGCGGGGGAAACGGCCGCGAGGGGUCGGUGCCCGGCAGCGCGGAAGGCGGCGGCGCGGGUGACUGUGACGCGGGGCGCGCAUGGGCGGAGGGGUGCACUCCAAUCGGCGUGCUGACGUGCCCGCGCCAGGGAGCAGUGCGGCUGCAGGUGGGGCACAACCAGCUGGAGGGCGCCAUGGCGGCGCUGCCCAAGCCGCUGGUGCUGCUCCGCAAGACAGCCGCUGCAGUGCCGCCACAUGGGGGGCAGAGAGAGGCGGGCGCAGCAGAGGCAGAGAGUGGAUGGAGAGGCUCGUGGGGUGGCGCGCAGGCGAGGGGUGGUGAGGACACAGCAGGGCAAGAGGGUGUGGGAGGAGGGGGAGAAGGGGAGGCGAGGGUAGGGUACAGAGUGGAGGGGGUGAUUCGCUGCAAGCUCAUCUUCAAGACUCGCCCCAAGCUCGUUCUCUCGGGCGCUCGAUAG